AUGUACUCAAUCACAGCACAUUCUGGAGCUAAAACCGACGGAGAGAACAAUCUGGACAUUUCAAAAUUGAAAAAGCAGGUUGCUGGUACCUCGUCGCAACGUGCAAAUGCAGUCCCAUUUAUCGCCUUCCCAGCGCCUUUGGUCGAGCAGCAGUAUCUCAUUGCAGAUUUAAUCAAAGGUUCCCAUGAUAGCAAGGUUUUCGUACCCUUUUGCACCGAUUCACGGUGGCAGAUCCCAAUGCAAAUUGGAAUGACAGGGGCGGAAUUUCUUGCGCAAUACGGACUUCAGAUCGCACCUACACCCGCCACUGGAAAUGGCCAGUACUAUGCUGUAGCGAUGUCAUUGCUCGACAUUCAGUUCGACACGUCAAAUCAUAUUGAGGAGUUGGAGCAAAUGACUCGGCACUUAAAGGAAGGGAUCAAGCAAGCGAGCCGUCAUGCUUACGAAGUAGAAUUUCCGCAUGACAUCCGACAAGCCAUACUAGUGAGCACUCAACUGGACAUCGACGAUCAGGAGCUGAAGGUACCCGAGACAGCAGAGGAAUCGAAUCUAUUGUUUCAGCAAUACAUUGACGAUAUCGCGCGGUCACCGUCCUCAAUCUCGUCGUAUGUGCCGGUGGAACAAUGGGGCACAGAAGUUACGCUUCGUAUGAUGGCAAAACUCCUGCAACAACCGAUAUUUGUGAUCAUUGCAUCUCCAGAUCUGCAGGCAACUCCCAAUUUUCAAGUCUACCAACCCGAGCGUGUUGCUAAAAGUGGAUUCAUGCUUGACACGGUGGAAGCAUAUUACAUCGCUGGCUCUAAAUCGGAGCAAUGGUUUUCUCGGCUUCAGCAUGUGUGUCGCGAUUCGGAUUCGAUGACCAAUUCGCCUAUAGUGCUCCUAUACAUCAAUUUUUACUACAGUGCACUGAGUUGUAAUUAG